AUAGGUAUGUCAACUGAAUAAGCUUUAAUUAUGAUGUUAAUAGUGAUUAAAAUCAGACGAAACCUUGUAGUAAUAGUCGCAUUUUGUUGCAGGGUGUGCAGAUUGUAGAUAAAUUGUAAACAUGGUAAAAAUACACAAUAAAGUUGUUUACGGGGGUCCAGCUUUAUCUAUACCCGGACACCUUAACUUCGGCCAGUUCGUGUUGGACGAAUUAAGAAAAAUUUGUGAGACCAAAGCAGAUUGUGUGGCACUGAUUAAUGGCGAAACUGGGGAAAAGACUACGUAUAAAAUAUUACUGCAAGGUUUAGUGAAUAUCGGGUCUGGUUUAAGGAAGUUAGGAGUGAAACGUGGCGACGUGGUCGCGCUGUGCAGCGAGAAUCGUGUGGAGUACCUCGCUGCUGCGCUUGGUGCUCUCACCUGCGGUGCCUGUAUUACACCACUCAACGCGCAAUACACCAAAGAUGAGAUGACACAUGUGUUAAAUAUUUCGAAACCAAACUUAGUGCUUUGCUCUGCAGCAGCAAUUCAAGCUAAUUAUGCCACAUUUAAAACAUUGCCAUUCAUCAAAACUAUCAUACAAAUUAAUGGUGUGCCGAUAGAAAGAAACGUUUUAUCAUACAAAGAUAUAGCUGUACAAACUGACGUACAAGACUAUGAAGCUGAGGAUGUGCAGGGCUCUACUGACAUCUGCUACUUACUGUAUUCAUCUGGGACCACAGGAUUGCCAAAAGGAGUGAUGCUGUCGCAUGUAAAUGUUCUUUACUCAUUGGCUUAUUUCAAUGAGAGAGAAGAUCUUAUUGAAGAUAUAACUUUGUUGACCGUAGUGCCUUGGUAUCAUGCAUACGGCUUGAUGUCAACCGUUAAUUACAUACUAGUAAAGAAGAAAUUAGUCUAUUUACCGGGGUUCAACCCUCGCGUAUAUCUGAAUGCCAUUCAAGAACACAAGGUAAAUGUGUUAGUUGCCGUACCACCCAUAGUGGUAUUUUUAGGAAAGUCUCCACUUGCUAAACAGUAUGAUCUGUCUUCGGUCUUUGCAGUCUGGUGUGGUGCUGCACCUCUGACUUCCGACACUAUUAAUGAUGCUUUAAAAAGUCUACCGAACUGUAUGGGAGUGUUCCAGGGAUACGGUAUGACAGAAACAUCAUUAGCUGCUACAACAGAUGCAGAUAUAGAAAAAAGUAAACCCGGUAGCGCCGGCUACCCCUUAAAGGGUGUGAAAGUGAAGGUUGUGGAUUUAGAAACACGUAAAAGGUUGGGCUGCAAUGAAACAGGUGAAGUAUGCUUGAAAGGUCCGAUCAAUAUGAAAGGAUACGCUGGCAACGAUGCUGCCACACGCGAAAUGUUCGAUGAUGAAGGCUACCUGAAGAGCGGCGACAUUGGAUACUAUGACAACGACGGCUGCUUCUUUGUAGUCGACAGACUCAAGGAACUCAUCAAAUACAAAGGGAGUCAGGUGCCGCCCGCUGAAGUGGAGAGCGUGGUACUCGAGCACCCUGGCGUGGCGGAGUGCGCGGUGGUGGGCGCGCCCGACGACGCCGCGGGGGAGCUUCCCACCGCGUUUGUAGUCUCCAAACAAAACGUUCACCUCACGCAAAAGGAUAUCAUAGACUUUGCGGCACAACGGCUAUCUUCAGCUAAGCGUCUCCAUGGUGGUGUGAUUUUCAUAGAUGCAAUUCCAAAAAAUCCGUCUGGGAAGAUUUUACGUCGUGUUCUCAGGCAACAAUUGAAACAAUAUCGAAAAAGCAAAUUAUAAAGAAAACUGGGAAACAUUAAUUCUACUUAUUGUUAUUAAUUGAUUUAUUUACUGGUAUCAAAAGCAGAGCCAAUUGAAGCCAAUUUUGUUGUACACAUAUUCCCUACCGCAACAUGAAAUUUCAAAUAUCGAUUUGGGUACUUACAUGCUUUAACGUUAUUAUUUAUUUGUUACAUGUAAUCUAAGAAAUAUGAUUAUACAGCUUUAAUACUAUAAUGUACUUUUAUUAUUAGUUUCCUACGGAAUUAAUAAUACAAUUAUAUCUACAUGUUUCUUAUGUUUUAAAAAAAAAUAUCCGUGUGACGAAAUCUGUAAAGGAUCCGAAACGCCUGAAAUUGUUUAGAAUUUCUCAAAAAUACAUGCGAUAAACCCGUUUAAAUGUAGUUUUAUUAAUUGAAAAUACAGUUUGAUAGG